GCAAGCGGUCGCCCGAUGGAGCAGGUGGCGUCGGCGCGGACGCAGGGGACGAGCAGCAGCCGCAGGUACCGCCGGCUCGCCUCGAAGGAGAGCGUCGACGACGCGCUCUUUGGCCGCAGCGUCGCAUCGCGCGACGGCGACCGGUCGCGCCAGGCCGGGCGGGACAUUGUCCGUGGCAGCAGCAACCAAGAAGCUGAGCCGCCGGUGGCGAAGAAGAAGAACCUACCCACGACGAUUGCGACCGUGCUGCCGCCGCACGAGCUCUCGCGCAUCCGCGGCACGACGCGCAUUCUCUCAGACGCUGAGCGCGAGGCCAUGGCGGCGAAGAAGGAAGAGGACAAUGAAAAGCUCAGAAUACACGCCCGCGCCCGCAAGCAACACAUGAUGGAGCGGGCGGCCGAGGCGGCGACACGCGCGCCAAAGUCGGACAUCGAACAGAUCUUCGACGCUGAAAACGAUGCGAUCCGGAAGCGCGCGGCCAUGCUCAAGGACCAGGCCCACGACAGCGUCAAGCUCAUGAAGACGCUUGGUGCGCGGGCCGCCGCGUUCACCAUCCGCGACGAGCAGAUCAAGCGCAAGCACGAGAUCGAGGAGGUCGAGGCCAUGCGGCACGAGAAGCUCAACGUGAUGAUGGAGAUCGACCGGCUCCAGGGCUUGAAGCGGCAGGAAGAAGUCGCCGAGGCGAAGCGACUCAAGCGCAUCCGGGACCGUGAAGUGCUCGAAGACCAGAUCCGCGAACGCAAGCUGGCGAAGGAGGCCGAGCAAAAGGCGAUCGAGAAGGAAGCCGAGGAGAUGCUGCAGAAGAUCCGCGACGCGCAGCGCGACGACGAGCGCAAGGAGAAAGAAAAGUUCGAGCGCGCGAACCGGUCGAUGGAAGAGAUCAAGCGCUUCAACGAGUCGGCCAUGGCCCGGAAAGCCGACCAAGCGCGGCUGCUGGCGCUCGAAGAAGAAAAGGUCGUCGCCUACCAGCGCAAGAAGGCCGAGGACGCCCGCUUGCGCGAGGAAGACGAGGCCCGGAAGCGCCACGAGGCCGAGUUGCGCUGUGCGAAACUGCGCUCGACCCAAGAAAAAGCCGCGAAUGAAAAAGCGCAGCUCGACGAGCUCCGCGCCAAGCGGGCGGCCGAGCGCGCGAGCGGGCGGCGCGUGACGCCGACGUGGCCCGUGAGAUCAAGGCCCGCAAGGAAGCGGAGGAGCUCCGGAUUUCGCGCGAAGCCCAGGCCAUGCACCGCCAGCGCUCCAAGGUCCAAGAAGCCCUCCAGCAAAAACAAGAAUACGAAAACAUCAUCACUCAAGUCGACUGGCAGAAGAAGCAAUUCCAAGACAAGGAGGCCGCGGACGCGACCAAGCGCUCGAGCCACCGCAUUGCGCUUCAGAAGCAAAUCGAAGACAAGCAAAAGCUCGCGAAAGACAAGUUUGUCCGAGUGCAGCUCGAAGGCAAGGCGCUCAAACAAGAAUACGCCGACGAGCUUGCGAAGCUCGAGCGCAUUCGCAUCGAAGAGGUCGCCGAGCUUGAAGAAGCCGGCGUGAACCCGUCGUACCUCUCGGAAAUGAAGGCCCUUGACAUUGCCAAGGCGCGCGACCGUUAAAUCCAACAACACAAACAAAGA